AUGGACAGCAAGCUCAUGCUCAAGAGAGAUUCGAAUGACUGGAGUACGCUGUCCGACUUCGAUUCAGCACCAUAUCCUGCUGGAGCAAGGUCAAGCCUCGCGAAAAUAUCCGCAAAGUUUUACUUCUCUCCUGACCCGCGCGACUGGGGCUCCUCAGUAUCACCGGACUUCAUCGAGUCCGACGACGAGUUCUAUAACCUCGUUCCUACUGAGAAGAGGCCAUGGAGGCCUAAGGACACGCUCUCCCCGCGUGGACUCGGGAAUGCUGGAUGCGUGAUUCUUCUCAUCGCAGGCCUUUUGCUGCUGUUUAUUGGCUAUCCCGUUCUAACGUUCUACGACCGGACAAAAUUCGACACUGGGGGUGCUUUCAACGUCGGCGGUAUUAAUUCAACAGGGCAGAUACCGCUCAUUGGUAAUUUCGGCCUCAUUGACCAAGACACGCCUCGGGAAGCAUACACGAGGCCGUCGUGGGUUAGCGGUCAGCAAGACAUGCAGCUCGUAUUUUCGGACGAAUUCAAUGUGGACGGACGGACUUUUUAUCCUGGAGACGACCCAUAUUGGGAGGCUGUAGACCUUCACUAUUGGGCCACCAACAACUUGGAAUGGUACGACCCGGAGGCUAUAACAACGCAAGACGGCUCUCUGGUUAUCACAUUUUCUCAGAAGCAGACUCAUGGAUUGAAUUAUGAAGGCGGUUUGCUCUCUACUUGGAACAAGUUCUGUUUCACUGGUGGUUAUAUUGAGACCUCGGUACAAUUACCAGGUGCUAGUAAUGUGGCAGGGCUUUGGCCCGCAAUAUGGGCGAUGGGAAAUCUUGGUCGUGCGGGCUAUGGGGCUUCGUUGGAGGGUUUAUGGCCCUAUUCAUAUGACAGUUGCGAUGUUGGCACCGUCGCCAACCAAACCGUGAAUGGACAGCCCGUAGCGGCGACGAUAAACGGCGACGCGAGCAAAGGCGGGGUUCUGUCCUACAUGCCAGGGCAACGAUUAUCUCGAUGCACUUGCUCAGGCGAAAGCCAUCCGGGACCCAAACAUCCGGAUGGCACAUUUGUUGGACGUUCGGCGCCUGAAAUCGAUAUUUUUGAGGCACAAUCCAGUGGGAGUGGAGUGGGCGAAGUUUCGCAGUCCGCUCAGUGGGCACCCUUUGACGCUGGAUAUCUCUGGAACAGCACGGCAGAGAAUAUGAUUAUUGCCGAUCUCACCACAAGCAAGCUGAACACGUAUAUUGGGAGUGCAACCCAGCAAGCCACUUCAGUCGUCACAAACACCAAUUCCAACUGUUAUGAACUUGGCACAGGGUGUUACUCCGUCUAUGGCUUCGAGUACAAACCAGGGUUCGAUGACGGUUACAUUACCUGGAUAUCGAGUAACCAAGUCGCAUGGACGAUGAAGGCGGCUGGAGUAGGACCAGACCCAAGCGUCCAGAUUUCUGCAAGACCGGUAUCACAAGAGCCAAUGUACAUCAUCGCGAACCUGGGGAUGUCGACAAGCUUCGGGGCCGUCGACCUCACUGCUCUAGCCUUUCCUGCCCACAUGAAAAUCGACUACGUUAGAGUUUAUCAGCCAGCCAAUGCCGUCAAUAUAGGCUGUAAUCCACGCGACUUCCCUACGAAGGAUUAUAUCGACAAAUACAUCGAGGCGUACACCAACCCCAAUCUCACGACGUGGGAGGACGACUACCAUCAAUCAUGGCCAAAAAGCUCUUUUCUGGAUCAGUGUUGA